AACCAACCUAACCUAAAGAAAGGCUAACCAAAACCAACCCCGGAUUAACUUGCUGGAUCACACACACAACUAAAUACCGUCCGUGAUUUUCCGAAUAGGCGGUUAUCUAUUAAAAUGUUAAGUUAAAAUUCUAAUUAUUAUUUUGUAACCAUGAUUAAAAUGUAAACUUUUGAAAGCACGCAAAUUAAACAUUCUAAAUAAAUAUUUGCAUCCUUAAUCUUGUGUGAAAUGGCAAAACAAAUAGUGUUUGUAACUGGAAACGCAAAGAAGUUAGAAGAAGUUGUUAAAAUACUGGGCGAAACUAUCCCGUUUCAGCUCGUUAAUCGCAAAGUGGAUUUACCAGAACUCCAAGGAGAAUAUGAAGAUAUUUGUAUCAAAAAGUGCAAAGAAGCUGCCAGGAUAGUCGAGGGUCCUGUUAUUGUUGAAGAUACUUGUUUAGGAUUUACAGCUUUGAAGGGCCUUCCUGGACCUUAUAUAAAAUGGUUUCUCGACAAACUCGGACCAGAUGGACUCCACCAGAUGCUUGCGGGCUGGGAAGACAAAAGUGCCACAGCGAUGUGCACCUUCGCCUACGCUGAGAGUCCAACCAGUGACGUGCUGUUGUUCAGGGGAGAAACAAAGGGAACUAUUGUCAGCCCUCGAGGGCCUAGGGACUUUGGUUGGGACCCGUGUUUCCUGCCAGAGGGAUACAACCAGACCUAUGCUGAGAUGCCCAAGUCGCAGAAGAAUGAAAUAUCUCACAGAAGUAAGGCUGUGCUCAAGUUAAAGGAGUAUUUUGAUAAUAAAAGGUAAACAAUGAGUUUUAAAUUUUGUUUUAUAUAUUAAAACUCUGAAUGUGAUACAAAUUUUAACAUGGUUAUCAUUGAAUUGUAAAUAAAUUUGUGCCCUGAAA